AUGGCACCUCAAGACAGCUUCAUCGACGAAGAUGAUGAUACCUGCCCACUUUGCGUUGAAGAAUUCGAUCUAUCCGACAAGAACUUUCAACCAUGUCCUUGUGGUUACCAGAUAUGUCAGUUCUGCUACAAUAAUAUCAAGAACAAUAUCAACGGUCUCUGUCCUGCCUGUCGAAGAGCUUAUGACGAGAAGACAAUAAAAUGGAAAGUUGUUACGCCUGAAGAGGUCGCUCAAUUUAAGGCCAAUGUUCAAAAGAAUGCCAAAAAGAAAGCCGAAAUAAGACAAAAAGAAGCACAAAAGCGAGAAGUGGAAAGUCUGAAUCGAAAGCAUCUAGCGGGGUUACGAGUUGUGCAGAAGAACUUGGUAUAUGUCAACGGUCUAAGUCCCAGUAUACGAGAGGAUGAGCUCCUUCAAACCUUACGCGGCGAAAAAUAUUUUGGCCAGUAUGGAAAGAUCCUCAAGAUCGUGGUUAGUAAAUCUAAACAGAACGAUUCAGGUCAAAAUUUUGGAGUUUACGUUACGUUCGCUUCGAAGCUGGAUGCCGAACGAUGCAUAACAGCUGUCAACGGUUCUACAAACGGUGACCGAGUCUUGAGAGCGCAAUUAGGAACCACGAAAUACUGUUCGGCAUAUCUGCGUAAUGAACCCUGCACAAACAAAAAUUGCAUGUUCUUGCAUGAACCAGGCGACAAUGAUGAUAGUUACUCUAGACAAGAUUUGUCAUCGAUUAACAGUGUGAACUCGCAACGACCUUUGCCGACCAAGGCAUCUUCAUCCCGCACUCAAGCACAAGCAGCACCACCAAUUCAACAAGCACAGCCUUUGGCUGCCGCUGCACAACCAAUGGUACGGGAAGGAAGCAAAGAUGAUUCGGACAAUGGGGAUGGUCCCGCUCUCCCAUCAACCGCCAACUGGGCCAAUCGUGGCGUACAGCAGCAACGCAGUAGAAGAGGAAGUCAUGCCACUAGCGCUGCUGCCCCAAGUCCUGCUAUCUCGAACGCUAUUCCUUCGACAACUGAAGCCGUCGAAGAAGAAACCCCAGAGCUUGUUGAAGAUCAAGAAGAAUCGUCUGAGGAAGCUAGCCCCAUUGAAGCUCGAGAACCGACCCCUUCAAUCGAAGAUGUUUCGCAUCCUGAAAAGGAACCCUUUGGCGCCGAACUCCUUAGGUCAAUCAACUCGGAUGUGCUCAGCUGGGAUGGUCCAAAGAUCCACGAAGAUGAUCUUGCGUCGUUUCCACCACUUUUCGAUGAUCAUGGUGGAGAAAAGCGCCGCUUGAUGCGCGAGCAACAACAGGAGGAGGAGCGUCUACACAUGGAGCAGGAAUCGCAGGCCGAUCUUCAAUCUGUACCUGAACCUGUGGAAGAACAAGAACCAGAGAGUGGUAGUCUGCAAUUGGGUGGUGAGCCCGAGGAUAAUGGACGAGAGAUCAAUCAACCUCCUGGAUUUCAACGUCGUCAAAGUUCUCAGCUGCCAAUCCAACGUGGCUCUACCAAUGGGCCUUUUGGCCCAAGUCUUGGGCAACAACAAAACUACCAGAAUAUCAGCAAUUUGGGUUCUGUCAAUGGACGAUCGCUCACUCCAUUGCAGCAAUCACAACUCUCAAUGUUCAAAUCCCCAUCGGGUGUCCCGCCAAGCUUCAUGGAUCACAUUUCUUCCCCGGUUGGACUCGGAAAUCCAUUAAACCAGAACAACGCACUCUUCCAACAGCCAGGCCACAACAGACAAUCUUCUCGAUAUAGUUUCGCUGGAGAUGGUGCCGCUGGGCCAUCAUCUAUCAAACCUUCUGCCAAUUCCAAGAUGAUGCAACAGCAAGCUUCAAUGAUGCCUCCUUCAAGUCAUCCUCAGCAAGGAUUCCAGUCCUUUAAUCCUUCAAUUCCAGCUCCUCCCGGACUGUCGGGUCUAAAAUCAAAUACCCCACCUAUUGGCGGAGGGAUGUUUGGUCAAGGUCAUGGAUUUGGUAACGCGAUGGGUGCCGGCUCGGCUUUUGGAGGAGCUAGCAAGGAGAAUGGUAGUGAGAUGCUUCGUGAAAUUUUGAGGGGUCGCCCUAGUGCUGGCGGCAAUCAGGGUCUUGAUACAAGUAAGCGUGAGUACAUGUUUCCUAAUUUUCUUCAUCAACAGUUCCCAUCUGCCUCCUCCACUCCAGCUCCUGCUUCAGGUCUUCUGGCAUCGCUCUACGGUCCUCAGACCGGGGCGUUUCAUGACUUCGGCCAAAAGCAGAAAAAGAAGGGAAAGAAGCACAGGCAUGCUAACACUUCCUCCUCUGGGGGAGGUGGCUUAGUCGAUCUUGCGGACCCAAGUAUCUUGCAGGCGAGAAUGCAGCAUCAACAACAGAGCAAUGCCGGAGUCGGACAGGGGCUGUUUGGUGGUCAGGCUCAAGAAGAUUCAACUUUCGAUGAAAGCAUUUUGCACAGCGUGGACGCUUUAGUGUCAGAUAGUGUACCAGAUGACUCACCCAUGAGGUAUGGCGAAAUGUCCCGAGAGGUGUCUCGAUCGAGUACUCCGGCUUUUCCACCGGGGCUACCAAAUCCCCAUGGACAUCCCCCUCCAGCAAUUCGCGAAGAUCCAAUUGGAAAACCUUCUAGAACAAUUUCAGCGGCUUCUCCGUUCACACCAUCGAGACAAGCCAGCAUGGCACACCCUCCCCGUGUUGCCACUCCACUUGCCAUGUCUCAACCAUCAACGCCUUCUCCUGUCAAGUCUAAAGCUUUACCUGCCCCUACCCCUGAGAUACCAGCGUCUGAAGCAAAAACUAAACAUGAAACCAAAAAAAUUUCUUCUAGUAGGCCGAAGGAUACUGCAGCUCAGUCUAGUACAGUGCUUGUAGUUCCGACAACCCCUUUGCGCCCUGCAGCAAUCACUCCUGCAACUCCAACACCUUACUCCAAAGAUGAUUUUCCAGCCCUCGGGGCACAAGAUCAAACCAAACCUGCACCUAGAAAAGUUUCAAAACCAGUUGCCUCCUCUUCGAAGGCGCCACCUACACCGAAAAUCUCGAAUGCCCAGAAGGGUGCUAAGGCAAGCGAGCAGAAAACAGCGCUGUCUUCUUCGGCCAAUUCAGCUUCCGGGAAUCCUACUACUAAUAUAGUAGACAGUAUUGAGAAACCCAUUCAACAUGUUGCUCCAAUGUCUGGUUUUCCCGCGCUACCAACGCCUUCGGCAUCAACAGUGAGAUCUAACUUCGUUCUCAAAGUUUUGACCACAAGUCCCUCAACACCAAAGGGGGGCACGGCUCCAAUGGGAAGCCCUGCUCCAACCUCCGCAACAUCUGUAGCUCCGUACCCGGCACAUUUUCCUGAUAAUACCAGUGAGCAUGACAAUGCGUCUCUCAUGUCUGCAACAGCUUCGAGAGCGAGCUCACCUGGUCCGUCCAGGAAUGGACAGCCGCGACCUACUCGCAACACGGCAAAGACAAAAAGGGAUAAGGCUGCAAAGAAGGAACAGGCUCUGGAAGAGCAAAUGGCAGCUGCAGCUGAAGCCAAGAAAGCUGGAGAACAAGAGCCAAUUAUGGGCAGAAAGACGAAGAAGAGGGAUAGGCCGAAUACUAAUAGUGCAUCUAAUGCUUCUGCUUCGGCGCCUAGCAGACCGCCAUCACCCCCACCUGCAGUGAUUGCCCGUGAGGAAAGUAAGCCCGCAGAACCUAUCGUGCCCGAAAAGCCUGUCUCAACUGGCAGCGACAAACCUGUCAAUAAAAGUGAGGGGAAGGGUAAGAAUAAGGCAAAGGCACAACAACCUACGCCCCCACCUGAGUCACCACAAGUUCCUGUUGUCGAAGAUGAGGAGAUUGUAGAAAAGCGUACAGGUCCAAGUCCAGCCAGUCUUGCUCCUUUUGUCUCUAAUUUAUCUGAGAUAUUGAAAACUCCACCUGGUAUCAGUAAUGAGAGGAAGAGAGAGAAGGAUAAUUUUGGACCAGCUUUCGCCGAAGCGCUUGCAAAACUUGAUGUAAGCCCUGAAGAACGGGCCGAGUUGAACGCGGGAAAUACUGUUCACAAGAUUGCUUCGGGAUCAAUACGGAUUAUGUUGACACCUAAUGGGGAUUGUGUUCGCAAUCUUACCCCUGACGAAGAGAAGCGAUACUUGGAGCUUCAAGCGAGAAUUGCAGCUAAUGCCGGCCCCACUGCAUUCGUUUCCGGACUGCAAAACACAGGCGUUGGAUUUAAUUUGGUUGGUGGUCGCGCGGUUCCAAAUGGACCUGCUUCAUACUUCCCCACAUCCAUUUCUACCGGCAAUACCACACCUAUGGAUGCGGUCAGCAAGAUUCAGCGUGAUGAAGCUUUGAACUACAUCAACCAAUAUGUGCUACCAUCCCUCUCUAGCAAUCCCCAGUUAGAAAAGGCACUUAGUGCGAACGUUUUGGCAGGUGACACUGCACUUCAAGGGGGCGAGACUUCCAGCUGGUCCCCUUUGAAUGGAAACAACCACGCUCAAGACUUUCAUGAUAUGGACCUCAACGAUAGGGUUGCAAAUUAUACCGCGGGUUUUGUGGGACACCGAAAUCCUGAUGAUGGACGACAGGAUCGAAACGUUCAGUUACUGACUGAAAAGGAGUCGGAGUCCGCAAUGCAAAUCGCAAAGAAGGAGACACAAGAGUUGGAGAAGAGACUUCUAGCUGUGUUGAAGAAAAAUAGAAAGUUGUUGACGGGGCAUUGA